AUGAACGCUUGCGGCGUCGCAAUGCGCGUGACGGCGGGCGUGUCGUCUUUGGUGGUCGCGCAAGGCUCUCGCUGCCGCCCGCAGGCCGUCGCCGGCAUCGUGCGGCCCCUCGCCGUCGACUGCGCACCACUCCGGCAGACAGCGUCGUGCAGGGUCACGGCGCUCCCUGCCACGCCCCUCCGGCUGCCUCCGUGCGUCUUCGGGCCAGCGGGCGCGUCCACGGAGGCCCAGGCGCGCCCCUCGGCCCGGUGUUUCGCGAGCAAGCAGAAGGAGCUCCCUCCGGGCGUGAUCAAGGAGAUCGACAAGGACGACUUGACGGUGCAGUUCGCGCGGUCGAGCGGCGCGGGCGGGCAGAACGUGAACAAGGUCAACACCAAGGCGGACGUGCGGCUCAACCUCGCCGCGGCGUGGUUCCUUACCGAGGAGGUCAAGGACGCGAUCCGGACGCGCGAGAAGAACCGCGUGAACAACAACGAUGAGCUGGUGGUGCAGAGCCAGGAGCAUCGGACGCAGCACCAGAACCUCGCGACGGCGAUCGAGAAGGUGAACGAGAUGGUGUGUCAGGCGGCGGAGAGCCUCAUCGUGAAGGAGCCGACGGAGGAGAAGAAGAAGCGGAUCAAGGGGCUGAAGAAGGCGUACAACCAGAAGCGGCUCGACGGGAAGAAGAAGCACGGCAUGAAGAAGAAGGAGCGCCGCGCCAAGCCCGACUGGUGA